GGGGGGCGCGCGCUCUUGUUGUGCGACCUGGCGCGCGUGUAACGGCCGUUAGUCAAGCUGAGGAACGCAACCGCCGCCCGAGGCAGACGUGGUGGCCGCAGACAGUAUCCCUGAGUGAGAGAUUUUGCAGCCAGUUUUCAGGCCCGGUUAUUCCUUAAUUUUACAUGGCCAUGCAAGAGAAAUACCCAAAUGAGAGGACGUCUCAUGCUACUUCACCAGGUUCCAAUGUGAUUCAAAAAGGAAGUUCCCUGGGGACUGAAUGGCAGACCCCAGUUCUCUCAGAGGCCUUUCGGAGCCGCUUCAGCCGCUGUUCAAGUGUAGCUGACAGUGGGGACACGGCCAUUGGCACAUCAUGCUCAGACAUUGCAGAAGAUUUUUGCAGCUCAAGUGGCAGCCCUUCUUUCCAGCCUAUUAAAAGUCACAUAACCAUUCCAACAGCCCAUGUGAUGCCUUCUACUUUGGGGACCUCUCCUGCCAAGCCAAAUUCUACACCUGCUGGAUCUUCUUCCUCCAAACUCCCUUUGUCAGGGUUGGCUGAAAGUGUGGAGAUGACAAGAAAUGGAGAAUUUGGUGCAGUGAAACGUUCUCCAGGCCUGUCUAGAGAUCUCAUGUAUCUCUGUGGUGCUACACGGGAAAAUGGGAUUGAGCAGUCUCACUGGUUUCCAGCAGUGGGCCAUGAAAGAGAGGAAGAGAUGAGGAAGUUCGAUGUUCCUAGUAUGGAACCUACCGUCAAUCAAUCCGUCAUUAUGGAUACACUUUAUUCAGAUCCCCACUACCGGGUCCACUUCCACAAUCCAAGAACUGAUCCAAACAAGGAGUUGUAUAAAGUAUUACCUGAGGCCAAGAAGGCACCAGGCAGUGGGGCAGUAUUUGAGAGGAAUGGACCACACUCUAGCAGCAGUGGAGUGCUCCCUUUGGGACUCCAGCCUGCUCCUGGGCUUUCCAAGCCUCUGUCCUCUCAAAUGUGGCAACCAAGUCCUGACCCUUGGCAUCCCCGAGAGCAAUCUUGUGAACUCAGUACUUGUCGACAGCAGCUGGAGUUAAUCCGUUUACAGAUGGAGCAAAUGCAGCUUCAGAAUGGAGCCAUCUGCCAUCAUCCUGCUGCUUUUGCUCCUUUACUUCCCACCCUAGAACCAGCACAGUGGAUCAGCAUUUUGAACAGUAAUGAACACCUUCUGAAGGAAAAGGAACUUCUCAUUGACAAGCAGAGGAAACACAUCUCUCAGCUGGAGCAGAAAGUUCGAGAGAGCGAACUACAAGUCCACAGUGCUCUUUUGGGUCACCCUGCCCCCUUUGGGGAUGUCUGCUUGCUGAGGCUGCAGGAAUUGCAGCGAGAGAACACUUUCUUACGUGCACAAUUUGCACAGAAGACAGACACCUUGAGCAAAGAAAAGAUUGAGCUUGAAAAGAAACUUUCUGCUUCAGAAGUUGAAGUCCAGCUCAUCAGAGAGUCUCUUAAAGUUACACUGCAUAAGCAUUCAGAGGAAGAGAAGAAACAGGAAGAAAGGGUCAAAGGUCGUGAUAAGCAUAUCAAUAAUUUGAAAAAGAAAUGUCAGAAGGAAUCAGAGCAGAACCGUGAGAAGCAGCAGCAUAUUGAGACCUUGGAGCGUUACCUGGCUGACCUGCCUACACUAGAAGACCAUCAGAAGCAGAGCCAGCAGCUUAAGGAUUCUGAGUUGAAGACCACAGAGCUCCAAGAGAGAGUGACUGAGUUGGAGAGUUUGCUGGAGGAGACCCGGGCAACCUGCAGAGAGAAGGAGAUUCAGCUGGAAAGCCUAAGACAGAGAGAAGCAGAAUUCUCCUCCACUAGACAUAACCUGCAAGAUAAGCAGUCUGUGGGAGAAGCUGGUGGAGAAGAUCCCAAAGUGGAAAUGGAGUCCCUGCAGAAGGAAUGUGGUUCCCUCCGAAAGAUUUUGGAGAAGCAGCAGCAGAAGAUGGAUCAGUUGCGCUUACAAGUUCAGAGCCUAGAGCAGGAAAUGGCUCAAGAAGAAGGAACAAGCCAGGCUCUGAGAGAAGAGGCCCAGCGGAGGGAGAUGGCUCUGCAGCAGCUUCGUACAGCUGUGAAGGAGCUCUCAGUGCAGAACCAGGACCUGAUUGAGAAGAAUCUGACACUGCAGGAACACCUGCGCCUGGCUCAACAAAGGUCCCCAUCUUCAUCAGACACAACCCAGCUGACAUUUGAGCUGCAUCAGGAGUUGGCCAAUUGCCUUCAAGAUCUGCAGGCCGUCUGCAGCAUUGUGACCCAGAGAGCCCAGGGCCAUGACCCCAAUCUGUCCCUGCUCCUGGGCAUUCACUCCCCACAGCACCCAGGAGGGACUCAGCCAGAUUUGCAGAAGCCAGAUGUGAUCAGGAGGAAACUAGAAGAGGUUCAACAGCUGCGUCAGGACAUUGAGGACUUAAGAACCACCAUGUCAGACAGAUAUGCCCAGGACAUGGGAGAAAACUGUGCCACACAGUGAAGAGUGCUGGGAGUGGACAGGCUGUAUUUCCCUUAGGAGGACCUGAGCUGCUAGUAGCCUGGCCAGCAAGUUGCAGCCUUGCCAGUCUUGCAGCCUGUCUGCUGCUAUUCCCAGAGAGGAGAUUGAGGGGUGGAGGGGGAAGAGCCUGCAUCUGGGGACCAAGGACUGUUGAGAGGAAGUGUACCUGCCCUGCCCUACACUGGCUUUGCCUUAUUUGGCUGUUUGUCCUCUUAUCCUAAUUUACCUUUUGAGGGUGAGUUAUUAACUUUUGCAGGUUCACCUGAUAAGUCUUCACUGUUCCCAGCUCUGGGGUGACAUUGAAGGCAGAGAAGCUGCUUAGGUCCCUUCUCCAUCCUCCAGGAUGGGUCCACAUCCAUUCCUACUCCAUAUCUUGGUCUUGCUGAUCCUAAAACUCAUUAGAGAGGCCUGGAAAGGCUGAGAUAAGUAGCAAUGACCAUUUGAGACUUCUCAGGCCUCAUGUGCCACCCUUUCUGGGAACUGGGCUGGCUUUUUGGAUUUUUUUUAUCCGAGGCCCACUGUUUCUUCCUCAGGGCUGUUGUCCUCACAGAAGCCUCAGGGUGAUCUGCUUGUUAGCAAAGAAGCCACUAGGAUUAGGUGCCUAGACUAGGUUACAGUUCGGGCUCCUUAAUCUGCCAUGCCAUCCUUUUUUUUUUUUUUAUGCUGUGGCAUCUUUACUGGAGAUCACCUCCUCAGCUGCCCUAUCUCCUUGGAGUCCUGGCCAUGUGGUCAGCAUAGCGUCCUCAUUCUUUGUUUCAGGCCUUCCAGGUACCCCUUUCUUGGGCUUUGAGUGCAAAUUCUCUGUAGUUCUAGGCUUGGGUAGGAUUUUCCCCCCAAAGACCACAGAGUAACUGUCAAGCUGCUCACCCCUUCCCCCAGGCCAGGUCCCCCUUGAUUUGUGCCUGUUUGGGGGAGCUCUUUCCCUCAUUUCCUCUCGUCUCUAUGAAGAGUUCAGAGUACCCAGUGUGGGUCACCUUUUAAGAUACCGCUUUCAGUGUUUCCUGAAAGUAUUUUUGUUUAUUCUGGAGGCUUUGGACCCUCUGCUUUCUGGUUUAGGGAGCAUCUUCACAGUUGUUAGCAUUUGGUUGUUGGGCCAGCCCCAGAUCUCCUCUAACUCUGGAGCCAGGCCAAGCCGGGGCCAUGUGUGGAUAUGAGGAGCAAAGCAGUUCUGGGGCCUAGAGACAGCCAAAAGACUUUGGGCUGUUGGCAGCAUCCCGGACCUCACUCAGGCCUGAAUGAGCCUCCUCCUUAAGUGUUUUUACAAGUUUGUGUUUUAUUUGUGGAGUGACUUAUCCCUUCCAUUCAGAGCAGCUCCGCCUGGUUGGCUACCCCCUCAGCCUCUGGGCUCCUGCCUCUUAAAGCAGAGCUGCCUGGUUGGUCUCCACCCUGUGUUGGGAGCCCAGCCACCACGCUCAGGGGUAUUUUUCUUUGUAAAGUUUAUAAGCAGUUAUUUAUAUGAAUAUUUGUUAUGCCAACUGGUUUGUAUUGCCUAUUUUGAUUACAGAAUAAAAUAUUUAACAGAU